AUGGGCCCUCUCCCCUGCCUCUUCCUCGUCCUCGUGUCCUCCUCCCUGUCGCUCGCGCUCGUGCCCCGCGCCGCCGCGUACUCGGAGUACUCGUGCAACGGUACCACGGGCAACUUCACGUCCGGCAGCGCGUUCGCCGCCAACCUGGCCCGCCUCGUCGCGGCGCUGCCUGGCAACGCCUCCUCCUCCGCGUCGCUCUUCGCCUCGGCGUCCGUCGGCGCGGCCCCGGCGGACACGGCGUACGGCCUGGCGCUCUGCCGCGGCGACGUCGCGGACCCGCGGGUCUGCUCGGCGUGCCUCGCGGACGCGUUCGCCCGGCUGCGCCGCCUCUGCGGCGGUGACCGCGACGCCACGUUCUACGCCGACCUGUGCACGGCGCGGUACUCCGGCGGGGACUUCCUGGCGCGUCCCGACGACAACUCCCCCGUGAUCAACGCGCUGGACGUGAACGGGUCGACCUACUACGGGUGGGACGCCCGGAACGCGACGAGCCGGACGCUGUUCCUGUCGCUGGUGGGCACGCUGUUCUCGGAGAUGGCCAUGUACGCCGCCUACAACUCCUCGGCGGCGCGCAUGUUCGCGAGCGCCGCCAUGUACGUGAACCCGCAGCUGCCCACGGUGUACGGGUUCGUGCAGUGCACGCCGGACCUCUCGCGGGCGCAGUGCUGGGACUGCUUCCAGGUGCUCCAGGACCAGAACCGCCGCUGGUACGACGGACGCGAGGGCGGACGCAUCCUCGGCGUCCGCUGCAGCUUCCGCUACGAGGCGUACCAUUUCUUCCAAGGCAUGCCGGAGGUCAGGAUCGGCCUGAAGAGCGACCCAUCAUCUUCAUCAGCUCCGGAAAGCCAGGAGAAGAAGAGGAAGCCGCAGCUGGAGGCGCAAUCCCGGAACAGCUCCGCCACAGAGGAUGCGCUGAAGCUGUGGCGGAUCGAGGAGAGCAGCUCCGAGUUCACGCUGUACGACUUCCCCGAGCUGGCGGCCGCGACCGGCGGUUUCUCCGACGAGAACCUGCUCGGCAGGGGCGGCUUCGGCCCCGUCUACAAGGCGAGCUGA